GCAAGCUCCUCCCUCCCAGCCCCUCCUCACCCGCCACGCUUGGAAACAAAUCAAUUUCCUGUCGUAGCUCUGUCAGUCUUUCUUUUUGGCGCGGCUCUAGCGGGGAACGGUCGUUUGCGUAUCACCGUUCGCUUCAGCAGUGUUGAAAAAAAGUGUUAAUUUUUUAAGUUUAGUUUAACUUCAAGUGUUCUCAGCAAAAUGAGACCACAGCAGAAUGGAGAUGAUGGCUUUGAUGAGCCCGAGGUUCACCGCAAAAUCUUUAUCGGUGGGUUGAACUAUCGCACCACCGACGAGUCUCUAAAAUCCCAUUUUGAGAAAUGGGGAGAAAUCGUCGAUGUUGUAGUCAUGAAGGACCCGAAAACCAAGAGAUCCCGUGGGUUCGGCUUCAUCACUUAUUCCAAGGCACACAUGGUGGAUGAUGCCCAGAACAACAGGCCGCAUCGCAUUGACGGACGUGUUGUCGAAACUAAGCGCGCGGUUGCAAGACAAGACAUUAAAAACCCUGAGGCUGGUGCCACAGUGAAGAAACUGUUUAUUGGUGGCAUCAAGGAUGACCAUGAUGAAGAGCAGCUUAGGGAAUACUUCUCGAACUACGGCCAAGUUCAGAGCGUCAGUGUGGUCACGGACAAGGCGACCGGCAAGAAGAGGGGAUUCGGAUUCGUUGAAUUCGAUGACUACGACCCUGUUGACAAAGUUUGUUUGAAUGCCCCCCACAAGAUCAAUGGAAAGCCGUUGGAUGUCAAGAAAGCUCUUCCUAAGGAUGGUUCUGAACAGAGGGGAGGAAGACAAGGUCAAGGCAGAAACGAUAGCUGGGGCAACCAGGGUGGCUAUGGAAACAACCAGGGCGGUUGGGGCAACAACUCAAACCCAUGGGAUAAUAACCAAGGGGGUGGAGGAGGCUGGGGUGGUAACCAAGGGGGUGGUUACGGGGGUGGCGGCGGCGGCAACAGCCGCGGAGGAUGGGGGGGUGGUAACCAGGAGUUUGGCAACUACGGCCAACAGAGCUACAGCGGGGGUCCGACUAGGAACCAGCAAUAUGGGGGCAACAACCGCGCCCAGCCCUACAGCAUGAACCAGGGUGGCGGCGGUGGCGGCGGCGGCGGCGGCUACGGCGGCGGUAGCUAUGGCGGCGGCAGCCAGGGUGGCAACCGAGGUGGCGGCGGAAGAUUCUAAACAACGUUUCGUGCUAAGUACACUAGUAAAGCAGAGUUUUCCGAGCUAGUGUAGGCAGUACGCUCCGGAGCACUAGUCACAUGGUCCGCCCGCGAGACCACCUAGGAGACGCCGUCAGGAUACCAUAGAUGUAGCUGGAGCUCUUGACUCUUAGUAAAAUAUUCAUAGUAUUUUUUAAAUGUGUACUGAUUUGUAAGUUGGUCUUCUAUUUAUUGUAGUACUUAGGUACUUAUCGUGACAUACUUUUUAAGGAUCUUAGAUGAUGUAAUAUGAGAAUUAGUUACGUUUUUUACGAAUAAUUAAGUACAAUUUAGGAUAAUUCCUGUAAGAAAACCCUUCAUAGAAGCUAGGUGGAUUAAACUGAUUUAAGUUGACUAGAAUAAUAUGAGGUGAAACAUUAAUUUUCCAGAGUUCACUCAGUAUUAAGUUCUCAAAUAGCUGUUAUAUGAAAAAAUAGGCUUAGAAAUUAUUGACUUGUAGGUUUAAUUAAAAUUAAUGUAUAAUAAAUUUAAAUACAAAAUCA